GGUUUAUUAUAAUAGCAAUAAUAACAUAAUUUCCUUUGUUAACAUAGGGAUUACUGUUAACAAAGGAAACUUCUGAAUGAAUAAGCUUAUCAGAUGUCAUAAAUAUAUCACAUUGAAAAUAUAUAAAAAUAAACAAGAGAUAAGUUAUAAUGUAGCCUCUGAAAAACAAAUCGUAAAAAAACAAUUCAAGGACCGAAACUAUUCGCUAAUUAUUUUGAGAUGUCCUUGGAUGAAUUAUAAGAAAAGUUGAGAUUCUGAAGUUAUUUUCUAAAUGUAAAGUAAAUAUUUUUAAAAAGGAAUAAGGAAGUGACUUUUUCUCCAGCGUGGGAUCUGUCAAUCAUCUGUGAGGAAGAUUCUUGUACCACCUAUGAAGAGGUGUCCCAUUUUCUGCUCGAGUGCUUUCUCGUUUAAUUCACCAACGAGAUUCGAAGCUUUUCACUGACUGCAAAUAGAACUUGACUUACAGUUGACCUAAAAAGAGUUUACUUAAAGGAAUAGGUUGUUUUAGGCUGGUUUCUUAUUCGCGGCGGCAAGCGGAAUGGCGAUGGCGUAAGAUAUUUGCUAAAUACUAACUUUGUGAAAGUGCUCGCUAUGAAACAUGCGGACCUUGAAAAGCCUGCUGGCAAGCCUCAUUAGGCUUUUCAGAAGCAUCACUUUUAAGAUUAAUGAAGGUUUGAAUCAGUCCCUCUUUCCGCACAGAUUCGAAAGAUGUAUUUAAUAUUAUUGGUGUUGCCUUUAAUAUUAUUAGUAUUGAAAUUCUACGUAAUUUUAUCUGCUGGAAUAUGUCGAAGCAAAAACUCUAUGGAAGGGAAGGUUAUAAUAGUUACUGGAGCCAAUUCUGGAAUAGGAUUCGAAACAGCAAAAGACUUGGCAGCUCGUAAGGGGCGAGUUAUUCUUGCUUGUCGAAGCUUGGAGCGUGGACAAAAGGCAGCAAAGUCUAUCAUCAAAUCCACUGGAAAUGAUGAUGUUGUUGUUCGACAUCUGGAUUUAUCAUCCUUAGAUUCCGUCAGACGUUUUGCUUCGGAGAUUAUAAAUUCAGAGAAGAGGUUAGACGUAUUGAUACAUAACGCUGGAAUGACACCAAAACCUGGGAAGUAUUUAACAGAAGACAAUUUAGAAUUGCAGUUCGCAUCGAACCAUUUUGGACCAUUUUUGUUAACGAAUCUGCUGUUGGACUUGCUGAAAAAAUCGGCACCAUCUCGAAUAAUAGUCGUAUCAUCCGUCACACAUCACUGGGCAAAAUUAGAUCUGGACAAUCUUAACUGUGAAAAAUUCGAAAGACAUCCGUACUGGGUGUACUGCAGUACAAAAUUGGCGAAUAUACUUUUCGUUCGAGAACUAGCUAAAAGAUUAGAGGGAACUGGCGUGACAGUUAAUGCACUGCACCCAGGAGGAGUGAAAACAGCUAUUGCAAGAAAUGCCCAGUGGUUCAUUACAUACCUGAUUAUACCUGUAAUUUACAUAUUUUUGAAAGACAGCAAAAGUGGGGCUCAAACAUCUAUAUAUUUAGCCGUUUCCGACGAAGUCAAAGAUACGACAGGACAAUAUUUUGUGGAUUGCAAGCCUGCUUGGAUAUCAAGAUCGGCUAGAGAUGAUGUUAAAGCUAAAAAGUUGUGGGACUUGUCUGAAAAAUUUACGGGAAUAUGUUCUUCUGGUUAAAAUACAGCAUGCAUGCAGUUGCAUUAUUGAAAAUCUAGUCUAUGCCAUGAGAUUAGUUUGAUGGUCCAUUGAAUAUGCACAUUCCAUAUAGCUGCAUUUUAUCUCUUUAAAGGAUACCAUAGUGAUUAUUGUGCAGUUGUUUAGAAAUAGUGAAGCAUUAAAUGAAUGUACACAGCAUCAAACUAGAAUUUGAAUUUAAAACAAAUUUCGACGAAUGGUAAGCCAUUUCUUUCAGAAGUGAAUACUUAUCUGAGUUUGCAUAAUUUAAAAGUAAAUCCUGUUAUUGUAUGCGAAAUUAAUGAUAAUUUCAAAAAUAACUUAAAACGGAUGAGCAUUAAAAGCAUUAUUAUUUUGGGACAAAAGAAUCAAUACAUAGUGAAAAGAAAUAAUUUCUUAAAAUUUAAAUUAAAAAUGAAUGCUCUGAGAAAAUAAAUAGAAUUGUGGAUUUGAGACGAUAGUAUUGUGAAAUUUGUUUAGCAUAAUGAAAUUUUACUUUCAUUGGAGCAAUGUGUAAAUCAUUCAGCACGCAUGAAAAUCAAGUUCUUUUUAGAGCAUUUCGAUUAUUUCGAUCUUUAAAAACUUUAUCUAAAGCUCUCUUUAUCUCUUCAGAGCUCAAAAAAUUUAUAAGAUUCAAAUAAUUUUGAAUUUUUUAUCUGAAGGUUUUAAACAA